GUGGCCAACUUUUGCAUUUCACCUUAAAUAUGUCUCAUUCUUCAAAAAUCAGUAACAGUGUCUGUGAUCAAGUGGCUGAAUUCAGAUUGGUGCAUGCAGACUCUACAUGGAGCAGACAGACUGCAGACUGUAAGUGUGUUGAGGGACGGCUUUCAGACGCCAAGAUUUAUGAGUCUUCCACAGAAGUUGGAGUCACAUGGACAGUGGUCAGUCCUAUCAUCUUCACCUAUCAAGUCAUUCAGAGUGAGGGGCUUCUGGAUACAAGCAAUGACACCUUACUGUUCGGCCAUAUCUCCAACCCUAUGGAGAUUCAAGCCCUUAAAAACAACAGCAAAGUAAUGAAGCGAUUCAUUGUGAUUGACGAGACUGUUAAUGAUCUUUACGGCUCUCGGGUCAAAGCGUAUUUCGAAGCAAGAGGGGUGAAGUACAAGAUCCUUCACUUACCCACAACUGAGGAGAACAAGUCCAUGACGCUUGUGACCAGUAUCUUGGAGGAGGUCCAUAAAUUUGGUAUUGACCGCCGUACAGAGCCCAUUAUCGCUAUUGGUGGCGGCGUGUGCCUGGAUAUCGCGGGUCUCGCUGCAUCUCUGUAUCGCAGACGCACUCCAUACAUUCGUGUCCCUACAACUCUUUUGGCUUACAUUGACGCCAGUGUAGGGGCAAAGACGGGGGUCAAUUUUGCCAACUGUAAAAAUAAGCUAGGGUCCUACAUACCCCCCGUAGCAACGUUCCUGGACAGGACUUUUCUGUGCACUCUUCCACGCCGCCAUAUUUCUAAUGGAAUGGCUGAGAUGUUGAAGAUGGCGCUGAUGAAACACAAAGGCCUCUUUGAACUUUUGCAGAAGGAGGGAAGAAGUUUGUUGGACUCCAGAUUCCAACCGAGAAUCCCAGAAAAUGUGCAUACGGACGCAGCGAGUGUGUCCACUAAACUGGCUAUUGAAACCAUGCUGGAGGAACUUGCCCCAAACCUGUGGGAGGAUGAUCUGGACAGGCUGGUGGACUUUGGCCAUAUCAUCAGUCCAGAGCUUGAAAUGAAAAUACUUCCUGAGCUUUUGCAUGGAGAAGCAGUGAACAUUGACAUGGCUUUCAUGGUCUAUGUGGCUCAUGAAAGGGGCUUUCUGACGGAAGAGGAGAAAAGACGUAUCAUUGUGUGUAUGCAGAGUCUAGAGCUUCCGGUGUGGCAUUCAGAUUGCACUCUGGAUCUAGUACAAAGGUCUCUUACUGAGCGACUCAAGCACUCCGGUGGACUUCUGAGAAUGCCUCUGCCGACAGCACUGGGAAAAGCAAGAAUCUUCAAUGACAUAGAAGACAGCAUUGUGUGUCAAGCAUUCAAGAAAUGGUGUGAUGAACACUGUGAAACCACCAUAAAACCACAAUAACAAAAUGGAAAUGUGGAGCCUGAUUGUAUUCUUAAACCAAGAAAACAUCUGUGACGCAAAAUGAAAUACACCAUAUCAUGAAUGAAAACUCCAGAAAUUGUGAAAACCACUCAGUUUUAUUUUAAUGUCUGUAACAUUUUCAUUCCCAAUACACUUGUCAAGCUUGAAUCCCAACAAUGAAAUGGUCACACUAGUGACCAGCUACUUUCCUCAUAAAGCUUCCCAGUGGAAGUUUCACGGUUUCAAAACAACAGUUUGAGUGAAAGGUGACUUUCCCAGCAGGUGGGCCGGCUUCCAGUAUUGAAUUUAUACGAAAUAAAUGCUUUAAAAAUUCAACCAAAAAUCAACAUCUCAAGCUAUUUUAAUUCCUUUCUUAAAUAAUGUUUGGUUAAGCUUAAAAAUAUCAUACAAAAGUAUAUUAACAAAACAAAAACCGUCUUUAGCUAUAGCCAAGACACUUUUAUAAAAAACAGAUCUGUAUUUGUUAUUAAAGGACGUUUGGUUGAAGUUCAAUGGAAGCCUGUUUUAAAGGCACCUUUCAUUGACGUCACACACAUAUGCAUUCAUACAGGAGCCUUGUGCUUUACCUGUUACCUGAUUGUCUUAAUUAUUGCUCAGAAAAAAAAAAUCACAACAGCCAGUUUUGCUAUAAAUCCACAAUGAGAUACGUAAAAUUUCACUGCAUAUGUAGACUUCACUUGGAAUUUGGCAACGUUUUAGUAGUCAACACUGUGUAACAUUACAUUCAGAGAACAACUUUCAGUAGUUUCUGUCUAGUAGGCAAAGGAGUUUAUAUUAUACACUAUUCUUGAAAGUUCUGUAGUGCUUCAAGACACCUCAGGUUUGAGCCAGAAUACAAAACAGAUCAAGUCUCGAGUCGAACCCUGCGGGUUUUGGUGAUCCUACUGAUAGACCCUUGGGUUCCACAGUUUAAGACUAAGUCUAAAAUCACAUAAAUAGAAGAGAAUGCUUCGUUUAAAGGGAUAGUUCACACAAAAAUGAAAAUGAUGAAAAUCAUUUCCUUACUGUCAUGUUGCUCCAAACCAAGUAUAUUUCCUGAAAAGUGAAGCGAAAGCAUUUUGAUCACCCCCUGGUGGCUGACUGCAGCAUAGGUCAUAAACCCCGCCCUCUCCGUGUAAUCGAAUGGGUCGCGAGCCAAACAAAAAAAUCCAAUUACACUUAAAAUAAUUUUUUUUCCAAAGAUAGUUUCUGUCAUUUUACGUAGUUCUCAUCAUGCUGACGUAUGUUCAAGUGUUCAUUUUUCCAAUAAGUUGGGUUUUAGUUAGUUAUUUGAUGCUAUAAAAUCAUGUAUGUAAUGUCAUGAUUGACAGCUGUGCUUGCGAUUGAAUGUGCGGGAGAGGGAGUGUGGGCGGGACCUUGAUACCGUGGCUCCACCUCAGGAUCACUACUGCGCAGACUGGGGCUCCGAACAACAUAAUCGGCAAACAAUGUCAACAGCCACUUCUGGGAUAUUUUGGCUUCAUUUUUCUGCAGUGGAAUGAAGUGGAGAUACAUCAUCCAUCUUUUUGUACAGUCUAUACUAUUUAAAUACACAUUUAGGGUUAAUUGUCCCCAUUCAUCUUCAGUUUUUGGAAAAGAGCAGCCUGAACUCUCUGCUAAACAUCUCUUUUUGUGUUCCAUGGCAGAAAAAAGGUCAUACAGGUUUAGAAUGGCAUGAGGAUGUGUAAAUGACGACGUUCAUUAUUUUGGGUGAACUAUUGCUUUAAGUCGCAGGUUUGUUAUGUAAGGCACUUUACAGUGAUCUGACUAUGUUACCUACACUAAACUCUUACAACAUCUUUCCAUGAAACAGGUUGAUUACUCAACUGAAAGUUAUCUUUGCAUAGUUCUAUGAAACAACACAUAAUAGUUUCACCUACAUGAUCAUUAUAGUGGCACAAAUUGGAUGCUACUUAAAGGCAAACAUCAGUACAUCUGAGUUGAGCACUUUCAAACAGUAGAAAUAUACAGUAACAGCACAGCUUAUUACAAACAUAGUCAGUCAUUUACACCAUGUAAGGAUUUAAAAAAAAAAAAAAAACAAGUGUUAGAACAAAAUAUAAAAUGUUUUUUUUUCUUUUUUCUUUUUUUCUUUUUUUUUUUAAUUUCCAAGGUAUAAUCUUUCUUCCAGUGUUUUUUCCAAUAUAAAACAUAAAAAAUCCCAGAUCUUUCUCCAUAAUUUUAUUUAAAAAAAACAAAACAAAGAAAAACUGGGACAUUGUAGUUAAAAUGUAUGGCAUAUUAAAACAGAAUUUAAUAAUUAAAAUGUUAGAUAAAAAUUAAAAAGUUUUUAAAGGGUAAUAAAUUGGAAUUUGAAGUUUGAAAUAGAUGAUUAUUCCUUUAGUCAUCAAAUAUGUGUUAAUAAAUUUCUUCACAUUCUUAUGGAUUCUUUAAUGCUAUGCACUGUUAAAAUGCAUCCUCUGGGUAUCUUCAGAAAUGCAUGAGGUGAAAACCGUUUGCAUAAUUAUAUAGGCACUGCAUAUGACGACAAGAAUAGUUUUGAAAAUUCCUGGGUUAAAUCUGAAUAUUGCUUAUUGCUUGGCAUAUUCCACAGGACAUUUGAAAAUCAGUUGGACAUAUCAAACGCUGUGUGAAAACUGUCCCUCCACACAUGCAUUUCUAUCGUGACAACUCUCGGAAGAGUUAAGCAUGGUAAUGGUAUGACAAUGUUUGACAAUGUAUUUGGUCUUGGCAGAAUAGAUCUGCUACACUACUGCUGCUGAUAUUGCUGCUGCUGCAGAGCAAGUACAGAGACUUGCUACUACCAAUACAUACACAGACAUGCUGCUGCUGCACAAAUAGCAUAUAUGAAAUUACCAGUAGCAGAUCUAUACAGGUGGAGUUGGGGGAGGUGAAGGGUUUCGGAGGAACUUUGAAAGUGAGCUGCAAACUGCUACAGCAAACACUGACCAGCUAUUUAAAUGUUGAGCAGCAAGCUCAUAUGCUGCAGAUGCGAACAUGAACCAAUCAGCUUGUAUCGUGUAGUUAACAACAUAAUUGUCAGCAGGUUGCGUUAAGGACCCAUCAGACUGCGCCAUCUAGAGUUUCAUGUCAGAACUUAGUAUUUCUUCAGAUAAAUUAUUAUUUUGUAAAGACUAUUCCAUAGAUCUAUGGAGCUAAGUGACAUUCUCAAAAACAUGAAUAAAUUAAUACUGAGAGAAUAUUGGCAUCGAUUAAUAAUUGAAUGAAAUUAUUUAUGGUCAGCUAUUUUGGGUCAUCUUGAUAGCAAAUAUACUUUGUCCAGACAUCUAGUGGUUGUGUGCUUUUUCAUCUGGAAGAUGCGAUUUUUAGAGCAUUUGCUCAAAAUGUUGCUUAAACAUUCAGUGAUGUUAGAACAACAUUUAACAGAUUUUUUUGCAACAUUUAUGAAUUAAUUUUAUAAUUAAAUUUUUUUUUUUUUUUUAGCUAUGUUAAAGGAAUAUUUCACUCAAAAAUGAAAAUUUACUCACACUCAUGUUGUUACAAACAGGUUUGUUUUCUAAGAAAUAACAGCUUAAAUUUAAAUAAUUUUCUCUCACACAGAUAUCAUAUAAUUUGUAAAAGUUGCAUGGACUGAUUUUAUGGUAGUUUUUUUUUUUUUUGAUUGACGCGGUCACUACGAAUUCUUUUAUGGAAAAUAACUACAUAACGAUUCUUCAAAAUAUCUAUAUUCAACAGAAAAUCAUAGUUUAGAACAACAUGAGAGUGAGUACAUAACAGAAUUUUUAAUUUUGAAUUAUUCCAUUUAAUCUUUUUAAGUACGUCUCGUAGAGGUUAUAGUUUACUGGGCAGCUGGCCAUUAGAUAUUAACAGUCACUUAAUAUAUACACAUGUUAAAAGGGAAGCAUUAUUCUUAAAUCAUUCCUUUAAAAGAAUAUACAUAUAUAUAAAAAAGAGAAAUAUUCUUCUAAACUGUGCGCAAACAUGCUACUGUACAACCAAAGAAAUCACCAUUCAAGUGCACUUUUAUAUAGAGUGCUGCAUGACAUCAGAACCUGAAAGACUAAUUCGCCACUGAUUCCCUUGAGAUUUUCCUAUGGGGUUUUUCAAUUUAAGUAAAAUAAGGUCUGUGGUAAUCAUAACUUGACGAUACUUGCACGUAAACUGCACACACUCACACCCCAAACUGUCUUAUCUAGUUACUUAUUAGAAACAUAUGUU